AUGAGCUACGGCAACACUGGCUAUGGCUACUCGCGCUAUACGGACUCAUCCUCGUACAGGGACCGCACGGGGAUUGGCUCCAGGGCGUAUGGAGGGGGGGGCGGAUAUGGCGGCGGGGGCUACGGUGGCGAUCGGGAUCGGUACAGGGGGCGGGACAGCCUGGACGACAUCCGGCUGGACAAGCAGGACUUCAGCAACCUGCCGCCCUUCGAGAAGAAUUUCUAUCACGAGCACCCCACGGUGUCGGCGCGCAGCGCGGAGGAGGUGGAGAUGUACCGGCGGAUGAAGCAGAUCCAUGUGUCUGGGGAGGACGUGCCGAAGCCCGUGCAGACCUUCGCGGAGGCGAGCUUCCCGAGCUAUGUCCUCUCUGAGGUGACGAAGGCAGGCUUUCGGGAACCCACAUCCAUCCAGUCCCAGGGCUGGCCCAUGGCCCUUAUGGGAAGGGACAUGGUGGGUCUUGCGGAGACUGGAUCUGGCAAGACACUUGCAUACCUGCUCCCUGCCAUCGUCCACAUAAACGCCCGGCCAUACCUACAACCUGGCGAUGGCCCCAUCGUGCUCAUGUUGGCCCCAACCCGAGAGCUGGCAGUCCAGAUCCAGGUGGAGUGCCAGAAAUUUGGGUCAUCUUCCAAGAUCAAGAACACGUGUGUGUAUGGAGGCUCACCAAAAGGUCCUCAGAUCCGCGAGCUGAAGGCUGGGGUGGAGAUCGUGAUUGCGACACCAGGUCGCCUCAUUGACAUGCUGGAGGGCAGGCACACUAACCUGCGGAGGGUCACAUAUCUAGUGCUCGACGAGGCCGACAGAAUGUUAGAUAUGGGUUUUGAACCCCAGAUUCGGAAAAUUAUUGCACAGAUUCGCCCCGAUCGACAAACUUUGCUGUGGAGUGCCACGUGGCCAAAGGAUGUUCAGACGAUCGCAAGGGAGUUCCUCAAAAGUCCAUACCAGCAAGUCAUUAUUGGCUCGCCUGACCUGAAGGCCAACCACAACAUCACACAGCACUUUGAGUUCAUAACCGAUCAAGAGAAAUAUGGCAAGCUGCAGAAGUUGCUUGAGAGGGAAAUGGACGGCAACAAGAUUCUUAUUUUCUGUGAAACCAAGAGGGGAUGCGAUGCGGUCACAAGGCAAUUGAGGAUGGAUGGGUGGCCAGCACUGUCGAUUCAUGGGGACAAGAGCCAGCAAGAGCGAGAAUGGGUGCUGCAGGAGUUCAAGUCUGGCAAGAAUCCAGUCAUGCUUGCUACGGACGUGGCUGCACGUGGACUUGAUGUCAAAGACAUCAAAUGCGUGUGCAACUAUGACAUGCCAGCCACCGCAGAAGACUAUGUGCACCGCAUUGGCCGAACUGGACGAGCGGGAGCACAUGGGAUCGCAAUGUCAUUUGUGACGGGCAACAAUGGCAGGAUUGCAAGGCAGGUCAUCAAUGUGCUUGAGGAAGCCAAGCAGAUAGUGCCAGAACAGUUGAGGAGGAUGGCCACACAGUGCAGGGGAGAUUCAGUUGGUUUCCGCGCCCGAGGCCGUCCUGGGGGUGGUGGCGGUGGCUAUGGUGCUCCGAGGGGCCGCACAGGUGCAAAUGCCGUUCCUGUCACCAGCAGGCGCUUCUGA